CAAUUCUCUUCUCCCCUCUCUUCUUCACUCCUCCUCUUCCUCUCUCUCAAAUUCUCUGAAGAAUUUCUCUUUUUCUCUAAACCAGAGCAUAAAAAAAAAAAAACAGAGCUUGUUUUUGUUCUUUAUUUCUAGAUUAUAAAGAUGAUGUUAGGAAAGAGACCAAGAGUACCACCAGUGUUCAGAAGAACAACAAGUAUUACAGAAUUUACUAUAGAUCUUCUUGACGUAGAACCCAUUAAUGGUGAUGAUACUAAUAACAACAACAACUAUUUAACAGUUGAUCAGAGGGUAUUAUCGACUAUAUCACCAAGAAAUUAUACUAAUUUAAGAAGUCCAUUAUCUAAUUCAUCAGCUCAAACUUCUCAUUUCUUAAGAGCUUGUGGUCUCUGUAAUCGUCGUUUAGCUCCUGGUCGUGAUAUCUACAUGUAUAGGGGAGAUACCGCUUUUUGCAGUUCAGAAUGCAGACAUCAACAAAUAAUUGAAGAUGAAGCGAAAGAGAAAUCAUCAUCAUCGCCUUUUAGACCAACAACAAACAGAGAAUCUUCAACAAUAACCGUUGGAUCUACAGGGUGUAAUCAAAGUGGACCUGUUGCUGCAGCAUAGCAUCAGCUUCAAAACUGAAAUUAAUGGGAGUCUUUGUCUUGUAAUGGAGGGAGGAGGGGUGUGAUUAAUUUUCUGUCUUGUAUGCAAUUUGGCGGUAUUAUUUUGAGAAGAAGAAUCAAAGAAAAAAAUUGCAAAAAAUUAGGGUUUAUCAUGUGGAUAACUAAAAGUAUAUUUUGUAUUUCUUCCUCUGUUUUGGUUUUCUUGGGGUUUUAAUAUGAAUGGAAGAUAAUUUCUAGACCUA